AUGGCUGGCGGUGGAAAAGGAAAGACAGGUGGCAAGACAGGAGGGAAAGGCGAUGCGCAAGUCAAGACUCCCAAGUCGCACUCCGCCAAAGCCGGUCUUCAAUUCCCCUGCGGUCGCAUAAAGCGCCAUCUACGAAACCUUACGCGACAAAAGACGCGCAUCGGGGCCAAAGCCAGCAUUUAUUUGACCGCUGUGCUCGAAUACCUGACCGCCGAAGUUCUCGAGCUCGCAGGCAACGCCGCCAAGGAUCUGAAGGUCAAGCGCAUCACGCCACGCCAUCUACAGCUUGCCAUCCGAGGUGACGAAGAAUUGGACACUCUUAUCCGAGCUACCAUCGCUUUCGGAGGUGUUCUACCACACAUCAACCGCGCACUGCUACUCAAAGUAGAGCAAAAGAAGAAGGGCGGUGCGGCAAAGGCUGUUGAGGCAUAG